AUGGCAGUGACAGCACCAACCACCGCGACGCGACGAGCUCGGCGUCCACUAUCAGCCAGGAAGCUCGACGCGGUGUAUCUGGCCUUUUUCAUCGUGCAUGUCCCCAUCAUGUUCUUGGUGGACCUGGCCUCGAUCCUCCCGCCCUUCCUGGUCUCGCCACUCUCGCGCUCGCUGCGCGCGUACCAGCUCGAGCGCUUCCGGGACCAGUUCUUCGUCAGCCCGCCGGCGUGGUUCACGGCGUACAUGUGGCUCGAGGCCGUGUACCACGUGCCGAUCAGCCUGUGGAUGGUGUGGGGAUUGUUCCGCGACCAUCCUCUGGUCCCGCUCAACCUCUUGAUCUUCGCCCUCGAGGUCGCCGUCACCACGCUCACCUGCGUCGUCGACAUUUCCGCCUGGGAGGGCUACACGGCUGCGCAGAAGUCGGACCUGUACGGGCUCUACGUGCCUUACUUGGUUCUCGCGUGCCUGAUGGGCGUCGACGCGUUUGUCAGAGUCAAGAGACAGAUCCUGCACGGUGUCGGCUCGGAGAAAGGGAAGACGUUGUGA